UAAAUAAACAUGUCGGUCAUUAUACCUAUAUAUUAAUUAUAAGUUCUAAAAUCCUUUCGAUUCGCGAAUGUAGUACAAAGAAUAAAAUCAAUUUGUUUACAUUACUAGAGCGGCUAAAACAUAACCUUACGAAGUGAACUGACGUCGAAUGUAGUAUUUAAGAAGGCUACGCAAUGACUGACGAGCCAAAACCUCAGUUCAGAGGACUGCGGUCGGCUGCACCCGCCACUGUUCGCUCAAAUAACAAAUAAAACUUUAUUUUCAUUAAACACAUUUAUUGUGAAGUGAACGAAGAUAAAGCAUUCCAAAUGCCUGCCGAUUCAGAUCUUAUUGUCCCGGGAAGGGAGGAUUUGGGAGUCGACGAGAACCAAUUCAAAAGCCUCGCGGAGAGAAACAAGCAUGAAGAUUUUAUAAGACGGGCAGUGGACUUGUUAGUAGAAAGAGUUGUCUUCGGAAGAUCUUCGAGGACGUCGAAAGUGGUGGAGUGGGCUGCACCUGCAGAUAUUAAGAAAGCAAUUGAUCUCAAACCGAGGGAAGGACCAGUGUCUCAUGAUGGUCUAUUGGCGCUUAUGGCUGAUGUUGCUAGAUACUCAGUCAACACAGCGCACCCUUACUUCGUGAACCAGCUGUUUUCGUCAGUCGAUCCUUAUGGUCUCAUCGGUCAAUGGCUCACAGACGCCCUCAACCCAAGCGUGUACACUUACGAAGUGGCUCCUGUCUUUACUCUGAUGGAGGAAGAGGUUCUUCGUGAGAUGAGGAGGAUGGUGGGCUGGCAUGACGGUGAAGGAGAUGGCAUCUUCUGUCCAGGAGGUUCUAUAGCCAAUGGAUACGCGAUCAGCUGCGCUCGACAUUACUUCUACCCAGAAAUUAAG